AGUAUGGGAAACGAAGAUGACUCGGAGAAUUCAUAUAAAGUUCCAACAAAGGUUGGCAUUAAUGAUAUUUUAAAUCAAGACAAAGAUGAUGCUGCACUUGAAAAUUACAAAAAACAGUUACUUGGCGUAGAAAGAUAUUCACCUAGAGAUGAUCCUAGGCGUGUUGUUAUAGUUGAAAUGCAUGUAAUUUUUGAGAAUAGGCCAUCAGGCGAUAUCUCUUUUUGUGAAUUAGAUCAAUCUGAUGCGUUAAAUAAACUAAAAAAUGAAAAGGGCCUGGUAUUCAAAGAAGGAUGCAAAUACAAACUUAAAUUUGUUUUUCGAGUACAGCAUGACAUUGUGACUGGACUGCAUUAUGUGAACAAAGUAUACAAAGCUAAAAGCGGUAUUAGAGUUGCAAAGGAGAUGUUAAUGUUGGGAAGUUACCCGCCUCAGGAAAAGACACAUGAGGUUGUAUAUCCCCGUAAUGGCUGGGAAAAGACCCCUUCUGGAAUGCUCGCACGCGGCAGCUAUAGGUCAACAAUUGCAUUUAUCGAUGAUGACAAUGUAACACAUCUCAAAUUUGAAUACAACUUUAGCAUUAGAAAAGAUUGGGCUAGCGAAGACGAUUCAUAAUAACCUCAUCUCGGUGAAGUAUCAGAGGGUUUUUCAGUUGUCUUAAUAAAACAGUGGAUUAUUAUAUACUAUUCAUUAACGAUAGCAAUAUCACGUUUA